CCCGACUCCACCCCCCGUACCCCCAGCCCGGCCAGAACGGCCCCCGGGACAGAGCGACGCGGAACCGCGGACGCCUGGGUCCCCAGCAUGAUCCUCGGCAGCUUGAGCCGGGCAGGGCCCCUCCCUCUGCUGCGGCAGCCCCCCAUCAUGCAGCCCCCACUGGACCUCAAGCAGAUCCUGUCCUUCCCACUGGAGCCGGCACCCACCCUGGGCCUCUUCAGCAACUACAGCCCUAUGGACCCUGUGCAGAAGGCUGUACUCUCCCACACUUUUGGGGGACCCUUACUCAAGACCAAGCGGCCCAUCAUUUCCUGUAAUGUCUGUCAGAUCCGCUUCAAUUCUCAGAGCCAGGCUGAGGCACACUACAAGGGUAAUCGCCAUGCCCGAAGAGUCAAAGGCAUCGAGGCUGCCAAGACUCGAGGCAGGGAGCCCAGCGUCCGGGAAACAGGAGAUCCAGCUCCCCCAGGCGGCACGCCCCCAAAUGGAGAGGGUGUAGCCCCCCGUCCAGUGACAGUUUCCAUGGAAAAUGGACUGGGUCCAGCCCCAGGAUCCCCAGAGAAACAGCCUGGCUCCCCAUCCCCUCCCAGUGUUCCGGAGACUGGUCAGGGUGUGACCAAGGGUGAAGGGGGGACUCCAGCCCCAGCUUCCCUGCCUGGGGGUAGCAAGGAAGAGGAGGAGAAGGCCAAGCGGCUGCUCUACUGUGCUCUGUGCAAGGUGGCAGUGAACUCCCUGUCCCAGCUUGAGGCACAUAACAAAGGUACUAAGCACAAGACAAUUCUGGAGGCCCGAAGUGGACUGGGCCCCAUCAAAGCUUACCCUCGGCUGGGGCCUCCCACUCCCGGGGAACCAGAGGCCCCUGCCCAGGACCGAACCUUCCACUGUGAGAUCUGCAAUGUCAAGGUCAACUCGGAGGUCCAACUGAAACAGCACAUUUCCAGCCGGCGGCACCGAGAUGGCGUGGCCGGGAAGCCCAACCCCCUACUGAGCCGUCACAAGAAGCCCAGGGGCGCCGGGGAGCUGGCGGGCACUCUGACUUUCUCCAAGGAGCUGCCCAAGUCCUUGGCCGGAGGCCUGCUCCCCAGCCCCCUCGCGGUGGCUGCGGUGAUGGCAGCGGCAGCAGGCUCCCCGCUGUCUCUGCGCCCGGCUCCCGCUGCACCUCUUCUCCAGGGACCGCCGAUCACCCACCCCCUGCUCCACCCGGCCCCCGGGCCCAUCCGAACUGCGCACGGACCCAUCCUCUUCUCCCCCUACUGACCGGAACCCUGAACCCCCUCCCAUUCAACCCCCCCACCUCCAGCCGGGACCCAGGCCUCCGGGCUCCCAGUCCGUCCCUCCUCCCGGCACUCCCUGAAUGAUCUCUCUCCUUCCCCCCCACCCCGAGGUACGGGGUUCCAGGAAAGGGGAGGGGUAGCGGGGGAGGGGGACUUCAGAAGGGGGGGAACACCCCAGAUCUCAGGGAACCCCGCCCCCUGCCCUUCCCUCUCCCCUAGAAAAGGGGGGGCUGUCUCACCCCCGAGCCCCCUUGGAGACACCCCCCUCCCAAAAGCCAUGUGCAUCCAGCCCUUCCCCCCCAGACCUAGCACAAAACGGGGUUCACAAGCCAUGAUCGGGGUCCAGGGGGGCAGAAAUGGAUUUUCUUGGCAAUAAGCGGACUCUGGGACUCCGGCCCCCUACCCCCAAACUGAAGCGCUUCCGUGAACACCCCCGUCCUCCGCAGGGAGAGGGGAGCAGGCGGGAUCCUGGGUCCCUCAUAAGCACUUUGGUUUUACCGCCUGCAACCUCACUGUGCCCGCCCCGCAUCACGCCCCAGCCCAGGUCUAGCCGGGCCCAUGGGCAGCACUUGGUGGCAUCUCUGGCACUUGGGUGGGACCAAGUAGAUGCCCCUAUAGACCCUUCCCUCACCUUCUUCCUUCCCAGUCCGGAUUCCAUUCUUUUCACCAGCACCCAUCGCCCAAGGGGUACCAAGGGGGGCAAGGGGUGUCCAGUCCAAGCCCACCCCCGCCUCGCCUUCCGCAAAACUGUGAGCAAAAAGCAAUAGAAGCCUCGCCCCCGCCCCGCCCCUUUCCGCAGGAUUUGCAGUCUGUAGCCUACCCCAUCCCAGCUCCUAGACCUCAUGGCUGUCCCCUCCCACCGGACACCUCCACUGCACAACUCGGGCGGGGUCGUGACCUCCCCCCCUUUGUGGUUUCCGUAUCGUCAGUCCUUCCAGCACAGACCCGGGAGGGGGACAGGCCCCCACUGGCCUUCCCCUCCCCAUCAACUCUUUCUGCUUGACGAUGUAGCAACCCCGGCCCCCAACCCACGUCUUUCCCUUUUCCCCCUCCCUGACAAUAAAAUCUGGAUUCGUUGCCCU